UUGACCGGGUCGACCUGAGCAAACUCGCCACAGCAUGAACAAUCCCGACUGAGCUAGCCGAGCGCACUUGGCUCCCACUGAUAUCAGCACUUGACUUUACACAGACUUGACACAGCAGCAGCAGCAACAACAGCAAACAUGUCUCGAAUCGCCGCGCGUCUCUUCGUUGUAGUUUCCAAGCACGCGACGGCCAGAUCUGCGGUGUUGCCGAGGAGGAUCCCGGGAUUCAUCCGCCCUGUAUCCACAACUCAAGGCAUAUGGUCUCUAACUCGCUAUAAUGAGACGACAGACUGGCAAAAGAAACUGACCCCAGAACAGUAUGUAGUCACCAGAGAGAGGGGGACUGAGGAGCCUUUUAGUGGGAUCUACCUUAAGCAUUCCGAAGUGGGGAUGUACCAUUGUGUUUGCUGUGAUACCCCAUUAUUCAGUUCAGAGGCUAAGUAUGACUCUGGGACAGGCUGGCCAGCAUUCAAAGAGGCUCAUGGGACAUGGGAGAGGGACGAAAGCCACGCCUCCAUCAUCCGUCGCCCUGACAACAGCCUGGGUAGUGCUGGGACAGAGGUCCUUUGUAAAAAUUGCGAUUCUCACCUGGGUCAUGUAUUUGAGGACGGACCGGACCCGACAGGUCAGCGGUUCUGCAUCAACAGUGUGGCCCUGACGUUUAAACCCAGAGAAAACAGCAAACCUGAGAAAGAUGAGCAGAACUGAUCAACUUCUGGGACAUAAAACCAGAGUCAUGUUUCAUUUCAUACCUGUUCAUUUAGGAGGCAAAGAACCACCUAAAUAGAGAAUGCAUUCCAUGGUUUUGACAUAAAUAUGCUUGAGAAGCUUUGUGUGGCAAAAAGUGUAUUAAGAACUGAAAGGAAGAGGACCUCCUGGAGUUUAUUCAAAUUGAAUUGAAUUGAGCUCAGUCUCUUGUUAAGAAACAGUGGCUAUCCUGCAUAUGACUCACACAAAGUCAAACUGGAGACCAUUAGCUCCUUCACUGAAAAGCACACUUCCUCAAAAAAGUCACUGUAUUAACUGUUUUUAUUGUUCACUAAUUUUUGUUGAGUUGGUAAUUUUGUUUGAUGAAUGAAUGUUUUCAUGUCUGAAAAAUGUUGGAAUACACUGGACAUGAUUAAAGAAGACCUCUUAUUUGUAGAGAUUGCAAAACACAGGGAAUUACGACAUUGCGUGUGUUUUUCAGAACAAAUUGUUUUGUCUGUGUUAGGGAUCAUGCAAACUUGAAUAACAAUUUGUCAAUAAAAUAUUUUUUUCUCUGAACCUA